GUGGAGAGGCAUAGGGCUUCCAUAGUUUAUCCCAAGAGUAAGAACACAGAGAAGAAAAAACACUGAUUGUCGGAGAGGCAAGUUUCAGUGUUCAUCCGUCCGUGUUUCAGUUUGAUCUGACGAGAACUUUCUGGGUUUUUCCUUAUAGGGUGUUUGUCGGUAAAUGUCGUCGAGAGGAAAGAGAAAAGAGGAAGAUGGCCGCGCGUCGGAUGACGACGCUGAGGCUCACGCGCCGGCGAAGAAGGUGGCCAAGCCUGCUGACUCCUCCGACGAGUCUGGUGACAUCGUUGUCUGCAAUAUAUCCAAGAACCGGAGAGUGACGGUGAGGAAUUGGAAUGGGAAAAUUUGGAUUGACAUUCGUGAGUUCUAUGACAAGGAUGGCAAGACUUUACCCGGCAAGAAAGGUAUCUCUUUGAGUGUGGAUCAGUGGAACAUUCUCCGGGACCAUGUGGAGGAGAUCGACAAGGCAAUGGCCGAUGCUUCUUAGGUCCCUCUCGUGCAGUAGUUUUGAUUUUGUCUAAGUCCUGACAGUGUAAACCGUGUGUUGUCUCCUUUUGGUAUGCUUUGUAAGUGACGACUCUCUGGGUCAACUUAGGAACUCGCUUGUCUCGUUUUGGUAUGUUUUGUAAGUGACGACUCACUGAGUCAACUUAGGAACUCGCUUGUCUUGUUUUGGUUCAAACCCUGUUUAUGAUAAGCCACGGGAUGUGUAAGAA